AUGUCCUAUAAUUCUUGGAACACUUCCUUAUGUCCAACUCCAUUAGUAUCCCAAAACAGUUCAUCUCCUUCCAUAUCACAAUGGGCUAACUUCAUUUUUCUUUCUCCAUGUUCCCAAAAAGCUUUGUAUAUUUCCUUUGAUGUUAUUUUAUUGCUUGUGCUCUUUACUAUCUUCUUGUUUAAGCUCAUUUUCAAAGAAAGAAAGACUUCAUCAACUAGCUAUGGAGUUCAUGUUGAGACAAAUAUUUGGUAUAAACUAUCCUUCAUUGUAACUAUUUUGUUAGCACUUAUUCAUUUAGUUAUUGCUAUCUUAGCCUUUAGUAGUAAAAAUAGUGGGUCCCAAUGGAGGAUUGUGGAGGGCACAUUUGGGAUCAUUCAAUUGAUAACUUAUGUUGUUAUAGCAAUGUUAAUUGCCCUUGAGAAGAAGUCUAAGGAAGCUAAGCAUCGAGUAUCGUUUCGAGUGUAUUGGGUUGUUAGUUUCUUGUUUAAUACCUUGUUCUUAGUUUCAAGAAAUGUGCAUGAUUUGAAAUUAGAUGAUGUACUUUCUUUGAUGUGUUUUGCACUAUCAUUUGUUCUUCUAGUGGUUGGCAUUAAGGGUUCAAAAGGAAUAAUGAUGUCAAGACAAAAUGAUACUCUAAAUGAACCUCUUUUAGAGCAAUCUUUUGUUAGUGAUUAUGCAAAUGCAUCAUUUAUUUCAAAUCUAUUUUGGUUAUGGAUGAACCCCUUGUUGAGUAAAGGGUACAAAAGGCCUUUAAGUGUUGAUGAUGUGCCGGCUCUUUCACCUGAACAUGGAGCUGAAAGAAUGUCGAUACUCUUUCAAUCGAAAUGGCCUAACCCGAAUGAAGAGUGCCUAAACCCGGUUAGUCUCACUCUUUUUAGAUGCUUUUGGAAGGAAAUUGCAUUUACUGCUUUCUUAGCGGUUGUAAGAAUUUGUGUCAUGUAUGUUGGUCCGUUUAUGAUACAUAGAUUCAUUGCUUUUACUUCCGGUGUUAGAAGUUCCCCUUAUGAAGGGUACUUACUAGUUCUCAUCCUCCUGUUGGCGAAAAUUAUUGAAGUGAUGACUUCACAUCAAUUCAAUUUCCAUUCUCAAAAGCUUGGGAUGCUAAUCCGUUCUACACUCGUUACAAAUUUGUACAAAAAAGGGCUAAAGUUAUCAUGCUCGGCUAGGCAAACACACGGAGUAGGACAGAUUGUAAAUUACAUGGCAGUUGAUGCUCAACAACUUUCCGAUAUGAUGCUGCAGCUCCACGCUGUCUGGCAAAUGCCUCUACAACUCUCUAUCGCUUUACUUCUCCUAUACAACUAUAUAGGUAAAUCUGUGAUCACUGCAUUGGUUGGAAUUCUCGGGGUGCUUUUGUUUAUGUUAAUUUGUAUGAAAAGAGACAGGACUUUUCAAUUCAAUGUGAUGAAAAAUCGCGACUCUAGGAUGAAGGCGACCAACGAAAUGCUUAACUACAUGCGGGUUAUCAAAUUUCAAGCAUGGGAAGAGCACUUCAACACGCAAAUCACGUCAAUUCGAGAAUCAGAAUAUAGUUGGCUAGCCAAGCUUCUUUACUCUAUAGCUACCAAUAUGGUAGUAUUAUGGUCUUUACCUCUAGUGGUGUCAACCAUCACAUUCGGCACUGCCAUCCUUUUGGGUGUUUCAUUUGAUGCAGCAACAGUAUUCACAACUAUAACUCUUUUCAAGAUGCUGCAGGAGCCUAUUAGGACAUUCCCACAAUCUAUGAUUUCGAUAUUGCAGGCUAUGGUUUCAUUGAAGAGACUCGAUGUUUUCAUGACAAGUAAGGAAUUGGUGGAAGGAGCAGUGGAGCGAGUUGUGGGAGAUGAUACUAUAGCAGUCACGGUUACAGAUGGUUUCUUUAGCUGGGAUGACGAAGGCGAGGAAGAAGUGUUGAAAAACAUAAAUUUAAGCAUUGAGAAAGGGCAGCUUGCUUCCAUUGUUGGUACAGUUGGAUCAGGAAAAUCCUCUUUACUUUCAUCAAUCCUAGGAGAAAUGCACAAAAUAAGAGGAAAGAUCAAAGUUUGUGGAACUACAGCCUAUGUAGCUCAGACUGCUUGGAUACAGAGCGGGACAAUUCAACAGAAUAUCCUGUUUGGCUUGCCUAUGAACCAACAAAAGUACAAAGAAGUUUUGAGGGUUUGUUGCCUUGAGAAUGAUUUGGAAAUGAUGGAGUUUGGCGAUGACACUGAGAUUGGAGAGCGAGGCAUUAACCUUAGCGGUGGACAAAAGCAACGUAUACAGCUUGCUAGAGCUGUCUAUCAAGACUCCGAUAUAUAUUUGCUCGAUGAUGUCUUCAGUGCAGUAGAUGCUCAUACUGGAUCGCAAAUAUUCAAGGAGUGUGUAAGAGGAGCUCUAAGGGAUAAAACUGUUAUACUUGUAACUCACCAAGUGGACUUCUUGUAUAAUGUGGAUCUCAUCUUGGUAAUGCGAAAAGGGAGGAUCGUGCAGGAAGGAAAAUACGACAAUCUUCUAGAAACAGGCACUGAUUUUCAUGCUCUUGUUGCUGCCCAUGAGACUUCCAUGAAGCUCGUAGAAGAAGGAAAUGCCACGGAGACUCUGAAAGAUUCACCUCGUCAUAAAAAUGAUCCUAACACAUCGUCAAGUAAUCAUCAAAUUACUGUGGAAAACGAUAAUAUAACAAGAUCCUACUCGAAAAAGGGUGGGUCUAAAUUGAUUAAAGACGAGGAAAGGGAAACCGGAAAAGUUAGUUUGCAUAUAUACAAGGUUUACUGCACAGAAGCUUUGGGAUGGUGGGGAGUAGCUGCUGGUUUACUGUUCUCUUUGUCUUGGCAAUCAUCUAUGAUGGCUGCUGAUUACUGGCUGGCUUACGAAACCUCUGAACAACGCUCCUCAUCGUUCAAUCCUUCUUUCUUCAUUCGUAUCUAUUCCAUUAUUGCAAUUAUAUCUGUUGUGUUGGUCAUCUUUCGAUCCUUUUUCAUUAUGUUUAUUGGAUUGAAGACCGCUCAAAUUUUCUUCAACCGAAUUCUCAGCAACAUUCUUCACACUCCCAUGUCAUUCUUCGAUAUGACACCAUCAGGAAGAAUUUUAAGUAGGGCUUCUACUGAUCAGACCAACGUCGAUGUUUUUGUGCCUCUAUUUAUGAACCUUGCAUUAUCCAUGUACAUGACUUUGCUCAGCACUUUCAUUGUCACUUGCCAGUAUGCUUGGCCAACUGUUUUUCUCUUGAUUCCGCUUGGAUGGUUGAAUAUGUGGUACAGGGAUUACUAUCUUGCAACAUCACGUGAACUGACUCGACUUGACUCAAUCACAAAAGCCCCUGUUAUCCAUCACUUCUCAGAGAGCAUUUCAGGGUUCAUGACAAUCCGGUGUUUCAGAAAGCAGACCGAUUUCAUUCAGGAAAAUGUUAAUCGAGUCAAUGCCAAUCUCCGCAUGGACUUGCACAACAAUGGAUCAAAUGAAUGGUUAGGAUUUCGUUUAGAACUUCUCGGGAGCUUGUUUCUCUGUACAUCAACAUUGUUCAUGAUCCUACUUCCUAGCAACAUUAUCAAACCAGAAAAUGUUGGUUUGUCACUGUCUUAUGGACUGUCUCUCAACUCUGUGAUGUUUUGGGCUAUAUACAUGAGCUGCUUCGUCGAGAAUAGAAUGGUUUCAGUAGAGAGGAUAAAACAAUUCACUGAAAUCCCUUCGGAAGCUGCCUGGACUGUUGAGGAUCGCGUUCUUCCAACAACUUGGCCAGCUCAAGGCAAUAUUGAGCUUGAAAACUUGCAGGUUAGAUAUAGGCCUAAUACUCCUCUAGUACUGAAGGGUAUAACAUUAAGCAUUAAAGGAGGAGAGAAAGUCGGUGUGGUAGGGCGAACAGGAAGCGGAAAAUCAACUCUGGUUCAAGUGUUCUUUAGGCUCAUUGAGCCCUCUGCAGGAAGAAUUGUGAUCGAUCAUAUCGAUAUAUCAACGAUAGGGCUCCACGAUCUUAGGUCUCGUUUUGGGAUAAUCCCUCAGGAGCCCGUUCUUUUCGAAGGGACUAUAAGAAGCAACAUCGACCCUACUAACCAAUACUCAGAACAAGAGAUUUGGAAGAGUCUGGAGCGAUGCCAGCUUAAAGAUGUGGUGGCUUCCAAACCCGAAAAACUCGAUGCUCCUGUGGUGGAUAACGGAGAUAAUUGGAGUGUUGGGCAGAGACAACUUCUAUGCUUAGGCCGAAUCCUGCUGAAGAAAAGUCGAGUGUUGUUCAUGGACGAAGCAACUGCUUCCGUAGACUCACAAACUGAUGUAGUGAUACAAAACAUCAUUAGAGAAGACUUUGCUGCUUGCACAAUUCUCAGCAUUGCUCACAGGAUACCUACUGUUAUGGACUGUGAUAGUGUACUUGUAAUAGAUGCAGGGAAAGCGAAGGAAUUUGAUUCCCCGUCACUGUUACUCGCGAGGCCAUCGCUUUUCGGGGCAUUAGUUCAAGAGUACGCCAAUCGGUCCUCCGAAUUCUGAUACUUCCUUAUGUAUUAUGUGAUCAUCCUGUUGUAUAGCUGUAAGAUUGCAACAUUGUCGCAAUAAAGAAAUGCUCUAUAAUUUACUGAUAAGGUUUAUUACUAUGAUAUAUUGUGCAAUGUUGUGCAUCUUUUGGGGUGUUGAACUUUAAC